CCGAGCCCAGCUGCGGGAACCGGGGGUCAGCAGGAUGGAGUCGGUGGCCCUGUACAGCUUCCAGGCCACAGAGAGUGAUGAGCUAGCCUUCAACAAGGGGGACACACUCAAGAUCCUGAACAUGGAAGAUGACCAGAACUGGUACAAGGCCGAGCUCCGGGGUGCUGAGGGGUUUAUCCCCAAGAACUACAUCCGUGUCAAGCCCCACCCGUGGUACUCGGGCAGGAUUUCCCGGCAGCUGGCGGAAGAGAUUCUGAUGAAGCGGAACCAUCUGGGAGCCUUCCUGAUCCGAGAGAGCGAGAGCUCCCCGGGGGAGUUCUCCAUCUCCGUGAACUACGGCGACCAGGUGCAGCACUUCAAGGUGCUGCGCGAGGCAUCGGGGAAGUACUUCCUGUGGGAGGAGAAGUUCAACUCCCUCAAUGAGCUGGUCGACUUCUACCGCACAACCACCAUUGCCAAGAAGCGGCAGAUCUUCCUGUGUGAUGAGGAGCCAGUGCUCAAGUCGUCCCGGGCCUGCUUUGCCCAGGCCCAGUUUGACUUCUUGGCCCAGGACCCCUCACAGCUCAGCUUCCGCCGCGGGGACAUCAUCGAGGUCCUGGAGCGUCAAGACCCCCACUGGUGGCGGGGCCGAUCCUGCGGGCGCGUGGGCUUCUUCCCACGGAGCUACGUGCAGACUGUGCACAUGUGACCGGCAGGCAGGCAGAGCUGACGGCUAAUCCGGCCAACGGGCCAUUCCACAGGAACUGCAGGCCAGAGAGAGGACAUGGACACCCCACCCUGUGUCACAGAGGGCUCAGCAGAAGGCCUUGGCAUGAACGUGGGCCCCUAACUGCCUCCAGCCACUUUGCACAAACGGGGAUGGCCCCCAGUGCCCCAGAACUAGAGCUGUGUUUAGUGAUGGCCCCAUGAGGGUGGCUCCCAGGGCUUCCCACCUGGCCACUUCCCACUGGCUGCCAGUGGUGUGAUGUCAUGGAGCGGGGUCUGCAAAGGGCCUACCACCUCCUCCUGUCAACGGCCCCAUCCUCCUCUGGGAGGGUUGAGGACUCCGAGGUUGCACCCACUGGGGGCUCAGCCCAAGGAACCCAUGGGCUAUUAGGGAGGGGCUCUGCCCUUAGGGGCAGGCUGCACACCUGUUGACCUGGACUCCUUGGACAGAGUCCAGGUGGACACCAACUGUUCCGCAGCCCCAUGACUUUGGGGUCCACCUGGGGCCUCCAGCAUCUCCAUGCUCACCACGGACACUUUGGAGAGGGGCUGGAUAGGGGCCCUGAGACCCCGAGGAAGGGGCAGGCAGUGGGGCCCAUGGGGGCAGCACCCCUCUCCUACUGGCUCUCCAAGAGACAAGCCCUAGGCCCAGCCCCGUGGGAGACCGAGGCUGUGCUGGUGGCUCAGGCCCAGGUUCUGCCCAAACCAGGGCCCAGGGGAGCUGGGAGAGGCCAACAAACCUACAGGAAGAUGGGGGUUGGAGCCAGAGUUGGGAUUUAGAGAUCCAGCAGGACCCAGAUGGGGUGGGCAGCCUAGGUAGGGCCCGGCCCCUACCUGAGAAAAGGAAGGACGUCCAGGCGGGAGGUGCAACCAGCGCGGGGUGCUGAGCAGCGCCUGCCCAGAGCCUGGGCGCCGGCAGGAGCAGGACAAGCGAGGUGGCGCUUGGAAAGGCUUCGGACGCCAGGCUGAUGGUGGAGGGGAGG